GGGUGGCUUUGAACUGCCGCCCGUUUUGCAGCUUCCUCCCACUGGGAACGCUGACCAAUUAUGCCGGAGGACGACAAGAAGGUAGGCCUUGUUUUUGGCAUUUCCGCCAAUACCCAGCUUGGCGAGAUCAUCCGCGUGGUUGGUGAGGCGGAGGAGUUGGGGCGAUGGAACCCUGAGAAGUCGGUACCUCUCCUCACGGAUGGCAAGAGCUACCCCUUCUGGUCGACUGAGCCGGUUUGGCUUCGCCCGAAGCCGGGCCGAAAGCGCUUGGAGUACAAGUACAUCCGGGACAAGCGACAAAUCGGUGGUGGCUUCCUUUGGGAGGAGGACAUCCCCAAUCGCUGUGUGAACACGCCAGCGAGUGGCCUUUGGGUGGUCACGGAUCGUCUGUGGAAUUGCCCGGGGGAGAUCAAGGUCCGGCCUGGCUCGCGGAAGGGAAGUUUCGACGGCCGAAAGCAGCUGAACUUGGAAUCUUCAGAGUCCGAUGUCCAGGCCCCCCACGUUUCAGAGAAUCUCUUCACGCCCACACAGCGGCUUCACACUGACUCAGGCAAGUUGCCCACAGCCCCCGAAGCAGCAGCUGCAGCGAGGAGCCUCAGCUCGGCAUAUUUGGGGGCGAAAGAAGCGGAGGUUGAAGCUCCGGCGUCAGAGUCAGAGUUCACCAGCGUGACCACUGAGGAGGAGCUGCAGGAGGAGCCUCCUGCUGAGUCACAGCCCGUUCACAACACGAAGCUGCUGCGGGAGGCGAGCGCCUCCAUUCUUUGUGCGCAAGCCUCGAACCUGCGCCGGGACUCCAGCCAGGCGCUGCUGCAAAGGGAGGCCAGUGUAACACUGCCCGAAGGGGAGGAGAAGGAGGAGGCGGACGCCCGCACCUUUGAGUCGGUGUACAAGCUGCUGGGCGACGAGCCGCUGGGGGAGGGCUCCUUUGGCCUGGUCUGGCGCUGCCAGCGCUGGAAGUGCGAGGGCGAUGCCGCCGGAGGCAGCGAGGAGCGCGCUGCAAAGCGGAUCACGAAGGCUCGCCUUGCUGCGCGCGACGUGCGCAACCUUUUUGGCGAUGGGCACCUGGAGGGAGAGAUCAAGAUGCACAAGGCCCUCGCGCAUCCGCACAUCGUGGGACUCUACGAGGUCUUCCAGGAUCCUGACGUGGUGUCCCUGGUGAUGGAGUGCUGCAACGGCGGCGAUCUCUUCGACAUGAUCGCGUCCUACUCUGACAAAGGUGGCCUCACAGAGCACGUGGCAGGACGGGUCCAAGUGCACCUCCUGUCCGCCCUGAGCUACCUGCAUGAUCAGCCCGUCGUGCAUCGCGAUGUGAAGUGCGAAAAUGUGCUGAUCGCCCAGAAAGGCGUCCCCCCGGAGCAGAACACCUACAAGCUCUGCGACUUCGGCUUCGCGGCGCGCCCGCAGCCCCCGCAUUUCCGGAUGCGCACCCGCAUGGGGUCCCCUGACACUGUGGCGCCUGAAGUGGUGCGUGGGGAGCCAUACCACACCCCGGUGGACUGCUGGGCUGCAGGAGUCCUGCUGUAUAUGUCGCUCUCCGCCACGCCGCCCUUCUACGCGCAGUCGGACGCAGAGGUGCUGCAGAAGGUGAAGAACUGCGUCUACAAGCUGGACGGCAGGCGCUGGCAGCAUGUUUCUGACCAGGCCAAGAGCCUCAUCCGGCAACUCAUGACCUUCGAGCCCGCCAACCGCGCAACGGCUUCACAAGCGCUGCAGCAUCCCUUCCUGAAGAGGCAGCCGCCUCCAAAUUCACAGUGAGGCGUUGCAGUGGGACCGUAUAGUAUACGAUUCACUGCAUGCCACGGUAUCCGCGCUGCCGCGAUGCCUCAAAUGCCCACGGGACAGCCAGAAUUCAUCCUUUGACGGGGCAGGCCGGGCGAGCGAGUCGGCUCGAUUGGAG